CCUUUCAAUCAAACAUACACUUCCUUCUCGACCCAAAGGAUCGACAACAGCCAUCACAAUCGAUCCGGCCUCCUAGGACUCCUCCACAAUGGCGACUUCGCUCCCGCUCAGCUUCCUAGCGCCAGCAUACAGCUUUGUCUCCAGCCACCGCCUCAGCCUCGCCGCCUUCCCCUUCUCAGCCACAGCCGCGCUGCGGUUCACCGCCUGGCUCAAACCCACUGUAAGCAGCGCCGUCCAUCACUGCACCCCACUCUAUGCCGGCCUCACUUUGCUCGCCGUCGUACUAGCCCUCUACAUCAGGUCGACCAGGGUGCGCGCGGUGUACCUCGUGGACUACGCAUGCUUCCGGCCGCCGGCCGCCCUCCGUGUGCCGCUCUCCAAGUACAUCGAGCACAGCGUGCUCGCGCCGUGCUUUGACGACAAGAGCGUCGGCUUCCAGUCGCGCCUCAUCGAGCGCUCGGGCUUCGGCGAGGAGACAUGCCUCCCGCCGGCCUGCCACGUCAUCCCUCCGGAGAAGACGCUCAAGGCGGCCCGCGCCGAGGCCGAGCAAGGGAUAUUCUCCGCCGUCGAUGCCGUUCUCGCCAAGAGCGGCGUCCGCGCCGAGGACAUCGGAGUAGUGGUGGUGAACUGCACCCUGUUCGCCCCAACGCCGUCCAUGGCUGACAUGGUGGUGCGCAGGUACGGGCUCCGCAGCGAUGUCCGGUGCUUCAGCCUUUCCGGGAUGGGGUGCAGCGCCGGGAUAGCCGGCAUCGGGCUCGCGCAGAACAUCCUGCAGUGCGAUAACAGGUGCAGGUACGCGCUCGUGGUGUCCACGGAGAUUCUCACCUCGGAUUACUACUCCGGCAACGAGCGCGCGAUGCUGCUGCAGAACUGCCUCUUCCGGAUGGGCGCGUCCGCGGUGGUGCUGUCCACGUCUUCCGCGCGGGCUCAGCACGCGCAGUACCGCCUCGCCCGGGUGGUGCGCACGCACGCGGGGCACGACGACCGCGCCUACGGGUGCGUGCAGCAGGAGGACGACGCGGCGGGCGAGCGCGGCAUCGCGCUGUCCAAGGAUGUCAUGCCCGUGGCCGGCGACACGCUGAAGGCGCACAUGACCGCGCUCGGGCCCCUCGUGCUCCCGGCGUCGGAGCUCCUUGCGUACGCGGUCUCGCUCGCGAGGCGCAGGCUGCUGCUCAUGGCGGGGCAGAAGGACAGCAGCAAGCCGCGCGUCCCCGACUUCCGGAUGGCGUUCGAGCACUUCUGCAUCCACGCGGGCGGCCGUGCGGUGAUCGACGAGCUGCAGCGCGGCCUCGGGCUGUCGGACAAGCAGGUGGAGGCGUCGCGCAUGGCGCUGCACCGGUUCGGCAACACGUCGAGCAGCUCGACGUGGUACGAGCUGGCCUACCUGGAGGCCAAGUGCCGCGUGCGCAAGGGAGACCGUGUGUGGAUGGUCGGGUUUGGGUCAGGGUUCAAGUGCAACAGCGCGGUGUGGGUGUGCAUCCGGUCGCCGGUUCCUCUGGACAGCGGGCCAUGGGAGGGCUGCAUGCAUCGUUACCCGGUGGCCGCGGCCCAGUGAGACUGAUUUGCGGUGGUGGCCGUGUGCUUUGCUCCUCUGCUGUUUGAGAGACGAGUAGAAUUAUUAUUAAGAUCCCACGAAUAUAGUAUCGAUUGAGAUUUAGUAGUCCCUUUAUUAUUAUUUUCAGUGUGAGAGACGAGUAGAUGAACGGUGUUUUUUUCUGCAUGCACGCCAUGAUUUAUGAUGGGAUUUAAAGUGAAUUGACCAGCUA